AAGUGACUACGUUUGAAUUUUGAAACCGUCGGAAGAGAACUUGUGAGAAACAUUUUAACGAAGAACAACAAGGGAGAAGUUGAAAUUAUCUACCGACACAAUGUCGAAAAGCCUAUAGUGAUCUAUUUCAUUUCUAAGCCGUGCUUUACGGUUAGACGACUUCGUCAGGGAUAAUAUCGAGGCGAGUCAUGGUGAUUAUAAAGCCUGUGGAUUGUGCGAAGCCGGGGAUUUCUCCUGCGAAACAACUCGCUGAACAUGACGAUAUGUGCAUUAAUCUUACCAUAGACGUCUAUCUCGGGUUUACAACUCACAAAAUGAGUGGUAGAUUUCGACCUAUAAAGUCGGAUCAUUCCGUAAUACGACAAACUUUGACAGAACUUGAGAGCACGGGUGAUUUGGAGCGGGCAUGUAAACAGGUUGUAACAGAAACUGGACAAUGGAGCGUUCAUUAUUUCUUGAAUAAAUCUCGAGCACAGAUCGAUGCAUUUAAAGAUCAUUUAAUGAAAUAUCUUGGUUUGUUCAUGCCUGAUUCUGGAGUGAAAGUGGUCCCAUGCACUCGAUAUUCAACUGAAAAAGAAGGUGCCAGAGUCAUAUCAAGAAAAUCAUGGUGUAAAGGUGAUAAUAUUCCUUACCUGUGUGGAUGUAUUGCUGAAAUGACUAGUGAAGAAGAAACCAAAUUACUUCGUCCUGGUGAAAAUGACUUCAGUAUUAUGUUUUCAACAAGAAAGAAUUGUUCGCAAUUAUGGCUGGGACCUGCAGCAUACAUUAAUCAUGACUGUCGUGCAAAUUGUAAGUUUGUGUCUACAGGUGUAUCAACAGCGUGUGUGAAAGUAUUGCGUGAUAUUGACGAGGGUGAAGAGAUCACGUGUUUUUAUGGCAGCAACUUCUUUGGUGACGCCAACUGUAAAUGUGAGUGUGUCACGUGUGAAAGGCGUGGCAAAGGGGCAUUCAGUUCUCAUGACAACAAAGACUCGGUUGAAAGGAAGUACAGUUUUCGGGAUACCAGCAAGAGAUUAAAGAGAGAUACUCAUAGAAUUGGAGAUAUAAUCUCAGACUACCCAUUAUUUUCUGGUUAUGACUCUGGAGUUGACUGCUGUGAGCGCCCUAUCGUGAAUUUCGUCCGGGAAAUGAACAAAGUAGAUCCAGGAUCCUGUGCGGCCGCAGAGUACGAAGCCAGUGCUAUAAAACCUGAAAAUUUCUACAGCAAGGCGACAUACAAGACGAUGGUACCCGUUGAGGCGAGUGAGGCGUCUGGUUCUGCUAUAUCGCAACAAACCAAUACUUCUCAAAACAAAAGGCAAACUAAACCAGUUCGAAGGAAAAAGCGGCGGCAUCUUCUCACCCCCCGUCGACGAAAAAAUCGCCAAAAAAAUGUUGUUCAGUCUUGUGAACAAAGCUGUGGAGCAUUCGAGAAAACUGCUGACUCCUGGGAUCAAGCUUUCAGUCUUUGUGAACAACCCUGUUCUGCCUGGGAACAGACUUCUGAUAUAUCUGAAAAGUGUGUUCAUCCUUAUGAAAAAUUUGGCGCCGCAUUCGACGAAAAUCAGGGGAUGACAAAAAGAUUUGCAUUUGGGGCGUCUCAUCAGUUUGUGGAAAUACCACACGAAAUUACUAAUAUAACCGAUCACGUGAAUGACGAUAUUCUGCAUGUGACCGACGAGUGUGAUCACAUUAUUAUUGACUCAGAUCACGACGCUCCUGUACAUGCAUGUCAGUGAUUCAAACAAUGGCUUAGAAAAAAAACACGUGUUAGCUAAAUCCUUUAACACCGAUUCAAAUGCUCGAAACCUGAAAUAAUAAAAAUUGCAGAAAUUUGUGAACAUUUUAGGUCGUGGCUGAACGGAGUUGUUUUAAAUGUACUGUCUCAUAGAUCUAGUGUUUUUUGGCAGUAUAAACAUAGCUUGCAAUUAUCUCAGUACUUUGCAUGAGGAACGUAAAGUAUGGAGGUUGCUAGAUUGUGCACUACAAAACUAUUUUCCUUUUCGCGCGCUAAAUUAUUCGCCUCGGAUGACAAAUAGCACCCAUUGAUAAAAUCUUGAAAAAAUGUUCAUGUAAACGCCAAAAUGAUGUGAUUGUGAAAGUACAACACUGUUGCCUAGGCCCUAGCUUCUGUGGAGCUUUUCAUACGAGCCCGGUUAUGAGUUUGAGAUAUGAAAUGAAAUAAGUCUUUUUAAAACAAAACAAGCACUUGCUAUUCUUAGGAUAAUUUCUUGACCUCCAGGAUCAUGUUAUUUAUUCUAUUCAAUCAAUACCUCAAAGUCCAUUUUUCACUUCGUUAAAUCGAGCUCGGUAACCGGGCUCGUGUGAACAGCCCCUAAUGCAUGUUCUACUGGACUGAAAACGUGAUCAGUGUUAUAAUAAUUUAGCUACUCAGUUAAUGACAUUAGCUACCAUGAAUAAUUAUCGACGAAAUCAGCUUUUGAUGAUGUUAACAUUGCACCUAAUAAUGAAUUAAAUAUUUAUUUAUUGCA